AUGCACAAUCUUGGUGGAGGUUUGAAGACGGUCGAUUGGACAUCACAAAAACUAGAACGUUUUGAGAAAAAUUUCUAUGUGGAAGACAAACGAGUUUCCUCUCGCAGUGAGAGGGAUAUUGAUGAGUUUAGGCGUAGUAAAGAAAUCAAGGUACAAGGACGAGGGGUUCCUAGACCAGUAUCGUCAUUCGAUGAAGCUGGAUUCCCGGAAUAUAUCAUGUCCUCGAUUCUUGCACAAGGAUUUUCUUCUCCAACUCCCAUUCAAUGUCAGGCUUGGCCUAUGGCAUUAAGUGGCAGAGACGUCGUUGCAAUUGCGCAGACUGGAAGUGGGAAAACGAUUUCUUUUGCUCUUCCGGCUAUGCUCCAUAUCAAUGCCCAACCUCUGUUGGCGCCUGGAGAUGGCCCUAUUGCCCUAGUCUUGGCUCCGACUCGUGAAUUGGCUGUACAGAUUCAGCAAGAGUGUACCAAAUUUGGCUCUAGCUCUCGCAUAAGAAAUACAGCAAUAUAUGGCGGUGCUCCGAAAGGUCCACAGAUUCGUGAUCUGCAACGCGGGGUCGAAGUGGUCAUAGCUACGCCAGGUCGCCUGAUCGAUAUGUUGGAGACUCAAAAAACCAAUUUGCGCCGUAUCACUUACCUAGUCAUGGACGAAGCCGAUCGCAUGCUAGACAUGGGGUUUGAGCCCCAAAUUCGCAAGAUUGUCUCUCAGAUUCGCCCUGAUCGACAGACACUUAUGUUUAGCGCAACGUGGCCUAAGGACGUCCAAAAGCUUGCCAAUGACUUUUUGAAAGAUAUGAUACAGGUUAAUAUCGGGUCAAUGGAACUCACUGCCAAUCACAAUAUUCAGCAAAUUGUUGAAGUGUGCAGCGAUUUUGAAAAGCGUGCGAAGUUGAUCAAGCAUCUGGACCAAAUCAGCGCCGAGAACGCGAAAGUACUGAUUUUUGUUGGCACCAAACGGGUCGCGGAUGACAUUACCAAGUAUUUAAGACAAGAUGGAUGGCCUGCGCUGGCAAUUCAUGGCGAUAAAGAACAGCGGGAACGUGAUUGGGUUCUUGGCGAAUUUAAGGCAGGUCGAUCGCCCAUUCUGAUUGCCACGGAUGUUGCAUCCCGUGGUCUUGAUGUGAAGGAUGUUGGUUAUGUGAUCAACUAUGAUUUUCCAAACAAUUGCGAAGACUAUAUACACCGGAUUGGUCGCACAGGUCGUGCUGGCAUGAAAGGCACCUCAUAUACUUACUUUACCACCGAUAAUGCAAAAUCAGCGCGCGAGCUGAUUGGUAUUUUACGCGAGGCCAAAGCCAACGUCCCACCCCAACUUGAAGAGAUGGCUAUGUUCAGUGGCGGUGGCGGACGAAGUCGUUAUGGAGGUGGAGGUGGUCGUGGUCGUGGCGGAGGGUUUGGACGAUACGGUGGUGGCGGUGGUGGUGGUGGCGGCGGCCACGACAACUACGGCAGUAGAGAGAGGUGGUGACUGGUUCACACCCUCUUUAAGCCACUUUCCGUUUAUUAUAGAAAUAGACUUCGAAUAUAAUGUGUCAUGCUGGUGCAUUCC